GCCAUUCUCCUCAAACGUGAGCCUUGGCUAUCACCGAUAACAGUGGCAUUGGACACGAAAGUGGAGCAAAAUUUGUAAUUGACGGAGACACUCCUCCAUGCUCGGCUUUGUGCUGUCGCUCCCCACACCAUCGAACGGCAGCCCCAACAUCAAGGGCAGCCUAGUCCUUGCGACAGACUAGCUUUGCUGUACCUUACCGCACUAUCUGAGACAGUGCUAACGGUCGCAACGUGAUUCCUGGAACGGCCACUGAACUCCUCACGUCCUCCGACUCCUCCAUCACCCACACCGCCACAGGACCCGUGUCGGUCUACAGACACGAACCAUCGCCACUAUUUCGCCACACUAUUGAUGAGUUACGAUCCGCGCAUCGCCGCCAGGUACGGCGCGCGAGAAGAGGAGGAUGGCGGUUCCAAAAAAGGAUCGGUGCGCGCAGCGCGGAAAGCACUACAGGAGAAACAAGGGCAGUUGCCGGACAGGUCGAAAAUAAUAGGUCUGCCACAAAGACCUAAUCAGCGCCUCGCACCAGCACCGAGCAGAAGCGCGGCACCUGUCUCCCCUACACCACAGUGGCCUUUGACAAACGACGCCGACGAUGCCUUGGACUCAAGACCUGGCCUACUACAGCCUAACCGGGGACCACCGCCCCAACGGCCACCACGCCCAACGUCAGAUGAACUACCAAUACAGCAGCUUUCACCACAAUAUCGCGACUCAUUCAACAGCGACGACCCAUUCUCGCCCCUAUCUGGUCCCUCUUCACGCCCGCUCACCACUUCCUCUGCACACUCGGAAGCCUCUUCGUUGGGAGAAAUCCCGGAUUUCCCUGUACCGGAACCACCGAUGCCUGCAAUACAACCACUGCCGCGCCGUAUACCCAGCCUCGGUCCACCACCGUCGUCCCGAAGAGGGCCCUCGUCGUACUACACCCAAAUGUCGUAUGUCUCGCCAAUCGCCGAAGAAGCCGAGACACGCUCCAAUACAAUACGUUCACAUCACGGAUCUUUCGCAUCGAGUAUGGCUAUGCCUGCGAACGAAGACCUUUACUACGAGGAUCCUUUCGUGCGCUCCGACGACGAAGAAACCAUAACCAGUGACCACGGUCGGCUUUCACCGGGCAGUGAUCAUGACGAUAAAAGCGGGCUAGUUACGCCCGCGAUUGUUCGACAAGCGAGCUUAGGACGGAGAACAAAACCUUCGAUGAUGACCAUAAGAUCUGUCGAGAACUCAUCAGUCAAGCGGAAGCCAUCGCCGCCUGGAGGAGAGAAAGAAUGGGAAGGGGGUAUUGCAGGUGCGGCACUUGCAGCAAAAGAUGGAAUUGGCGGUAACGGCCCCGCGCGCCUAAGAGAGCUUUCACCUGAUGAUGCAUCACUGGACUCUCCGACAUACUCCGACCACAAGUUCAGGGACCCGGAGAAGGACAUGGAUCCGGAAAAGGAUGGCUCAAUGGCAGCAUCAGCAUUCCGCCUGCAAGGAUCUCGCGGAGCUAGUUUCGCGGAUCGCCCUGGAAGACCUCGUCCACCGCGCCUCGAUGUCGAUGCAGUACGCGAGGCUGAGGCCCGGGGUAGUCUGACCAGUUUACCGGAGUUGAUCAGGCGCGCAACGCGACUUGCCGCGAAUCUUGAUAGAGGCAAGACGGCAAGCCGUCUCGGUCUAGACUUCUGGGAAGCUGGGGCACCCGAAAAGAAGCACCAUUCCAAUUCCAUGGGUGACAUGCUGUCCCAGUUCCCUCCACCGGCGCAGGGCACUCCGCUCCGUGGAGGCACACCAGACCAGAAGCGCUUGUCAAAAUGGCCGUCAGCUGGUGAAUAUGGGCCAGACUCGACAACGAGCGAUCGGAAGGGUGAGCGCAGGAGAAGAAGAUGCUGCGGCAUGCCUAUGUGGACCUUUGUGACGCUCUUGGUCGUGCUCUUGUUCCUUGUUGCAGCCGCUGUUAUCAUCCCUAUAGUUCUCGUAGUUAUUCCGAAGAUGAAGAGCCAAGCAAGCACCGCCGCCCAGGACACCCAAGGUACGGGCACGGCGACCGCCACGAGCAACCCUGCGCAGUCUACUGGCUCGACUGGUUCUGGUUCUGGCUCAAGCGGAAACCAGAACAGUCAGUGUAGCGGCAUCAUUACCUGCCAGAACGGAGGUGUAGCGAUCCCCAACGCCGACCGAUCCUGCAACUGCGUCUGCAUCAACGGCUUCACUGGAAAGACGUGUGCGACGCAAGGGGACUCUGGCUGUACCACAACGAGCAUCGGCAGCACCGCAAACAACGCGACGGUUGGCUCAGGCAUCCCCAGACUGAUUGAGAGCGCACAAAGCGAUUUCCAGAUCCCCCUCGACUCGACACGCCUCCUAACGCUCUUCUCCGGCCUCUCCAUGAGCUGCACCGCCGAAAACGCCCUCAUCACCUUCAACGGCCUCGCCUCGCGCUCCGUCUCCUCCUACAUCCCCAUCCUCAUCGAGACCUCAACCACGCCCUCGCGCUCACUCCCUCUCCUCGACCAACCGCACCCCGAGCCCGCCGCCCUCCAGCACCGUCAAGCCAUCGGCAACGUCGGCUCUGCGAACGAAAACGGCAACGCAGCGUCCUCGCCCUCCGCAACCGUCUCCACAAAAUCCGCAGCCACCACCACCAUCCCCAUCUCCAGCAAUCCGACCGCCCUCGACUUUGCGCGCCUCGGCGUCCUGCUCAGCCUCCAGGUCAGCGGGAAGCUGGACACGGCGGCCAACGCGCAGGAGGCGAUUCAGAACUUCCUGAGCAACGACCGCCAAGGAGGAAGCAAGUCCAGCGAGGUGGACCUCGAUGUGUUCACGAUCGACUUGGUAAAAUUCUCUAUCAAGUUCGACAACGGGACGACGGUGCAGGCCAGCGUGCCGACGGGGACGUCGUCAUGAACAGCCACGUCACCUAUCUACAUCUUCUCAUCCACAAUUUCUUUUCCAAUUUCUGAUAUGCGACAAAAUCUUUUCUUUAUCUAUCUACCCUGGCUUUGCUCUGAGCUCGCAUGCACUGUAUUGUACCAUACCAUUGGCGGCGCAGCAUACCUCCACCCCCUGUUAUUACGUUGUUUACGCAUAGGUUUUCCGUUCUAAUACGUCCUGUGGACGAAAG